AUGUUCAUCUCUAACGAUCUUUGGUCCCAUCAAUUAGCCAAACCUUCAAUUGCGAUGAAGAAACCUCUGGGCGAUUUAGGGGUGCAAGCGAUCCGUGCCCGCGCUGUCCACGCCGCUUCCACGCGGACAGAGUGUCAAGAAGACUUGGACGAACGACGUCUGAUGGGUUUCUUUUCGGACGAAGAUGGAACGAAAGGACUUGAAAAGAGAUACGAUAUGCUACUCCCACCUUCCCGAUGGGCAAUGUUCAGGCCGGUUUCAAGACCCCGUGUUGAACGAAAGUCUGGUGUUGCACUGUUGCAUGUUCUGUCCGUGGAGAAUUACCUGACAUUUCACGCGCUAGCCAGAACAGCCUCAAUGAUGUGGGUUUUCUUUGCAACUCACCAUAGUGCGGGUUCUCGGAGUUGCCAACUGUCAGCCAAUGGCUUCGGAAGCCUCAGUCACAAGGAGAUUGGUAUGGACAUCACGCCAUUCCGGGGAGCUGGAAAGAUUGUUGACGGGCAGAAUAUCAUGGUGCCGAUUCAGUGCAACGCUGCUACCAAAGUUCAGGGCAGCUUCUAUGAAGCUGCAUCCGUCCGUUCUUGGCAAUUUGCAUACUCUCAAUCAACUCCUCUAAAAAUGAAAGACAUGACUCAACAGCUCGUCAAAGCGUAUCUUGAACACUAUCCUCUUGCAUUAUACCGAGUCAACCGACGAGAGCUAAAAAAGGAAGCUAACGCAGACGAUCCUAAUCAUCGGGACGGCCCCAGCGAUGGUUCCCACUAUCUAGAUUAAAUCCCCCAAAGUUAAAAGGGUUCCGGUAUUCAUGACAAUGUCCUAUGGGCAGACAUUUGCUGGUCAUUCUUCUGCCCUCGUUCGCCGGAACUGCCGUCGGCCGCGUCACGGCUCAAACGAACACCAGAACGCGUGUAUUAUACACACUUUCUUCAGGGUAUCAUCAACCUGGAAGAAUCGCUUUUAGAGUUAGAGUUCGGCUCUUGCCUCGGCACGAGAAACGCAGAUUAGCGGGUGGUGUAUUGGAAUGCUGUUAGGCAAAUUUAGCCCCGCUGGAUUUCUGGUCUCUCCAACUGAAUCCAACCUGGAUAAAGAAACCCAAAGUCGAAUUUACUUUAACGAUUAAUAGAGGCAUUGUAGUCUUCGAUCUCAAACAAAGCUUUGAACGCACUAUAAUCAUGAGUGUCAUGUCAUAAUCGCCGGUGGCAUUCGUGAUAGACUUU